GGAACUACUGAUUCGGUGUUCCAUGGGAUACGUUCCUACGAGUAAAAUAUGCCUUUUCAUUCUGGUUAAAACUGGGGUUUCCUGCUGGAGAUAACUAAAUUUAUCAAAACAAAAAAUAUAAAUUCGGGAAUAUGAACUGGAACCGACGAAGCAAAUUAGUUUCACUUGACAGUUCUCCAGACUGGAUGCUCAAUGGCAGGAGGGACAGUGCGCAGGAGGACGAGAUGAAUACCAGUCCAAUUCGAGAAGAGAUUUUAAUAAAGCGUUCACAGCAAAAGAAAAGAACCUCGCCACUCAACUACAAGGAGAGGGUCUUUGUGUUGACCAAGACCAAGCUAACAUACUACGAAGGCAGAGCAGAGAAGAAGUCCAAAAAGGGAUCUAUUGAUGUACAAAAAAUCAAGUGUGCUGAGAUUGUGAAGAACAAUGGGAAGAUUAUUCCAUGUCAAAACAAAUACCCAUUUCAAGUUGUGUACGAUGCCAAUACCUUAUAUAUUUUUGCCCCAAGUAACGACAGCAGAAGUGCAUGGGUCCAGAAUCUCAAAGAAGAAAUAAAGAAUAAUCCCAUUAUAGUUGCCAAAUUCCACCCCCAGUUCUGGAAUGAAGGAGUCUGGCUCUGCUGUAGACAAGAAGAAAAACUAGCGCCAGGCUGUGAAGAGUACAACGUGUUUGGGGACAUUUCAAGAAAGCCUCUUCCACCAACACCAAACUCCGCGACUUCAAAAAAGCCUCGUCUGCUGCCUCUGCCUCCACCUCCCAUAGAAGAACAUACAGAGGGGAAUGAAGAAGAGAAGGAGAAUGUUGUCAUAGCCAUGUAUGACUUUGAGGCUGUUGAUACUCGUGACUUAAACCUGGUUCAGGGUGAAGAAUAUCAUGUCAUUGAAAAAUGUGAUAUACACUGGUACAAAGCACGGGAUACAUAUGGACAUGAGGGAUAUAUUCCUAGCAAUUACGUAACAGAGAAGAAAUCAAAUAACCUUGAUCAGUAUCCAUGGUAUUGCAAAAAUGUAAACCGAAAUAAAGCAGAGCAGCAGCUCAAAACGGAGGACAGAGAAGGGGGGUUUAUGGUGAGGGAUUCAAGCCAACCUGGAGCAUAUACCGUGUCCCUUUUUACUAAGUCUGGAGGCGAGGGCACUUCUCAAGUGAAACAUUACCAUAUUAAAGAAACACAAGCAUUUCCCAAGCAGUUCUACUUGGCAGAAAAACAUAAUUUCAACUCUAUCCCAGAACUCAUCGACUACCAUCAGCACAACGCAGCAGGUCUUGUAACAAGACUUCGUUACCCAGUCGGCAAAAAAGGAAGGUCUGCACCAACAACAGCGGGUUUCAGCUAUGAUAAAUGGGAGAUAAGCCCCUCUGACCUGACCUUCAUGAAGGAGCUGGGCAGUGGACAGUAUGGUGUUGUACGCUUAGGGAAAUGGAGGGCACAGCACAAGGUGGCAAUCAAGGCCAUUCGCGAAGGAGCCAUGUAUGAAGAGGACUUCAUUGAGGAGGCCAAAGUAAUGAUGACAUUGUCACAUCCAAAACUAGUCCAGCUGUACGGUGUGUGCACACAAGAGAAACCAAUAUACAUCGUGACAGAGUUCAUGGAGCAUGGCUGCCUGCUGAACUACAUCAGACAGAGGCGAGGACGUUUCAGCCAAGGGAUGCUGAUCAGCAUCUGUCAAGAUGUGAGUGAAGGCAUGGAGUACCUUGAGAAACACGGAUUUAUUCACAGAGACUUGGCAGCCAGGAACUGUUUAGUGAAUGAUUCCCAGGUGGUUAAAGUAUCUGAUUUUGGAAUGACAAGGUAUGUUCUUGAUGACCAGUACACUAGUUCUUCUGGUGUGAAAUUUCCUGUAAAGUGGUCCCCACCUGAAGUCUUAAAUUUCUGCAAAUACAGUAGCAAGUCAGAUGUUUGGUCAUUUGGUGUUGUAAUGUGGGAAGUGUUUACAGAAGGCAAAAUGCCUUUUGAAAAUAACCCAAACCAUGAGGUAGUAGCAAUGGUUAGCCAAGGUCACCGGCUAUAUCGACCAAAACAGGCCCCUCCUAAUGUAUACGAGAUCAUGAAAAUGUGCUGGCAUGAGAAAGCAGAAGAAAGGCCCUGUUUUUACGAGAUAUCGAUUAUGAUCAACGAAGUGGCAGAAGGGGAUUUUUCAUGACCUUUGAACUGACAAGUGGUGUGGAAACAUCAUAAUUUUGGACAAUCUGAAUCUCAAGUCUGGUUUUUCUUCUGCAAGUAUCUUCAAGAAACUCGGAAGGUCAACGUAAAGACAUCUGUAUAAGUGUAAUUUUAUAAUGUAAAGCUGGAAUUAAACUUGCUCACAUUAACAGAAAAUAGUUAAUUGCAAAUGUGUAUAACAAUAACAUGUUCUGGCUGGCUGGAUAUCCCAUGAAAGGAUUUUAGCAAGUGAUCAACAGAUUUAAACUCUGGCAUGUGUUUGCAACUUGCUAAAAUCGAAUUUAAGAUAGAUGCAGUGAAUAGAACUGCAUUUUAAGGUUGGAUUUAGUGAAUUAAUGUGUCAGCUUUGACUCCUUUAUCACAGGUUAUGUGCAGUUAUUUUACAAAAGAAUGUCAAUGACCACAACACAGUGAAUUGGCUUCCUGCUGAAAUGCAAACACUCAGCUGGGCUAGUGGAAAAACCUUUUAUACAUCCUGUCUGGGGGUCGCACCUUUUUUUUUUUUUUUUUGUUAAGUUUGCAAAAACAGUACAGGUUAGGCAAAUGUAAAACAAGCUAUUUCAUUCUUUUAACAGCUCUAAAAGGUUAAAUGUCAUUCGCAUACUGGAAAAUGUGGGAAAUGUGUAUUAGAUUACAUGGUAUGUGUUUAAAUUGUGCCCCGUUUGGUUCGAAAGUAAAGAGGCUGGCUUAGCUUUUUUCGUUAUGAAGUGUUAUUAUAUAUAUAUUACAUGGAUAGUAGCUAUAUUUGCACUUUGGCCCAUGCAAAAAAAGUUACCCAUGCAAUAUGACUUUCUCUGUCGAGAUUAGCUCGAGCAAAAAACGUUUGUCACAUUAACGAGGUCCGGUUUUCAAUAACAAGCUCGAAAAACUUUUAUUUGUCUACAAUAAAAUGUAAACACGUUCAAGAAAACCAAAGUUGACUUGGCUCUUGUAAAAUCUUAUCUAAUUCUUACCAGUAACGAAAAAAGACGCCAGUGAGUACCUGGCACUGUGUUUAGUGGGCUGAGCUCGCUCAAAGCCUGCUGCUGUGAAAGCUACUCUCUCUCCUUGCGUUGCUGUUAACAUUGCUGUAGGGGCGGCCCUUUUUACAGGAGGCUCUGGUCAGACUGUGAAGCUGGGGAUUGGGAUUGCUGCCAAAUAAAGAUCUUCAUUUCCUUGA